AUGGGUCGAGGAACCAAGGCGAACAAGUUCCCACGGGCUGCGCAGGUGCAGCGCGCAAACAAUGCACUGUUCUCUUACGGCCUAGACUCUGGGUCCUCUUCAGAGCCAGAAUCACCACCACCACCAGCAGUUCCGUCUUCUCCUGCUUCCCUUUCGCCCGCCCCAGAAGAGGACGACGACAAUCUUGACCGCGCCACGAUUGAGAGCGCGACCAAGACAAUCCUUGCGGAGUUUGCCUUUGAAGAGGGCAAAAAAAUAUUCAAUAGUGAAGAAGCGGGCGACCGCGUCUUCAUUCAAAUCUUCACCGCUGCCUUUCUCGACACCGACGCAGAGACUGGCAAAAAGACCUGGCGACUGGAUACCGACAUUCUGGGAGUUCUUGCCAACGCCUGCCGCGAGCCUGGUGCGCUUGAAAACGUCCACCUCAUUGAAGAUCUAGAGACGGGUUGUCAGUACCUGUCCGGAAAGACCGAAGCCAGCGCGCUCGAAUCAAUCCGCACAUUUGCCCUCAAUUGUGCGCGAGACCAAUUGCCAAGCCUUCCCGAGCAGCCAGAGUUCACUGAAGAUCCGCUCCACGAAAGCGUCCAAACUUUUGUCUACCUUGGCCUCAUUGCCAUCCGCGCUUUCGUCAGAGGCAAACAUCUCCUGAAUUCUUCCCUGAACCCACUUCGCCUCUUCGAGAACGCCAGAGCGAGCAACAUGGCUGAAGAACCGAAUCUCUUCAUGUUUGGUGAGAUGGGACAAAUUUACGAUCCGCAGGCGAUCGCCCUCGAAAAACAGAAGAAGAAGGCUCGCAAGCGCGCAGCCAAGAAGGCCGCAAAGGCCAAGGAGGACGAGAGGAACAACACUCAAGUCGCUGAAGGUGACACUGCCGGUGAGGCCAGCAGCAGUGGUCCUGCCAAUGCCACAACCGCCAGCAAUGAAGCUGCUCCCGCUCACAUCGCGCGUGCCAGCGAUGAAGCGGCCGUCACCGAUCACCCUCCAGCCAGCAGUCAAGCUGCCAUCACCAAUCCCGCUCCUGCUCUCACCCCUCCCUCUGGUCUUGCUCACGAUGACCCUCUCACCACCAUGGAAAUGGCGACGCAAGCGCUGUCAAUGUAUGGCGCCCGCCCACCUGCUGGUCUGAGCCAAUAUCUCGGCACGCCAAUCCGCCCUCGUGCUGCUCGUUCUGCCACUGCGCGAAACACCGAGCCACGCAAUCUUGCAGAUGCAAGCUCUGUCGCCGAAGGCGCUGAUGUGCCCCCACCUCCUCGUCGACCACGCCGCGAUGGUCGUCGUCGGCCAGCUCCAAGUGCUCUCACUAGCAAUGCAGCUGCUGCCGGCGCCGGAGCUGCCGCUGGGACUGAGGACGUUACUGACGACAUCAUGCAACCUCUUCCCGCAAGUCAACGACACGGUCGCAAUGAGACCAUUGAAGAGUAUCAGCGUCGCACUGCUCCGCCUGUGGCUCCAGCUCCUACCGAGUACAGAGUCCACCCCCUCAACAAUGAGCAAUUCGUCAUUACCGGUGUUGGUCCCCAAUCCUUCACUGCAGCUGUCCGCGAUAUCGCUGGUGCUGUCACAUCUGGCGUCAGUGCUGAUGACCCUACUGCGAUUGCUCGAACGAUGAUGAGUGCUCAUGCCUCUCUCCCUGCCAGUGCUGUCACUCCUGACGCCGAUGAACCGGACUUUGCUUCGAUUGCCCGCGCAAUCAUGAGCGGUCAAGCUCCGCCCCCUCGUGGUGCCUUCCUUGGUCCUUCCAACAUCAGCGCUGAAGACAUUCGCGACGCUAUGGCUCUUGUUGAUGACAGCAACGCUGGUGCCCACACCACCUCCCGCGCUGUCGCCGGUCCCAGUCGUCUGCCUGUUCAGCCACGUCAGACUACAGCUCCUCAUCAUCUCCCAGACGUUCCGCGUCCGACUGCAGCUUCUCGUCUUCCAGCGCAGCCACGUCAAACUGCAGCUUCUCGCCGUCAAGGUCCACCACGUCAAACCGCAGCUUCUCGUCGCGCCAUGCAGAGACUCUACGAUGAAAUCGAAGCCGAAUUAGAUGCUGCUCAAGGCCUGGAUCCAGUUGCCCGUCGCGCUGCCUUUGCGCAGGCUCAACAACGCCUUCUACGCUCUGAGACCCUUGCUGCCGCCCGCCGGGAAAUGCCUCUCCGCCCCACCGCCACUGCAGCCACCCAAGCUGCGUUGCAGGAGGGAAGAGACGAUGCCUUGAAUGCAGUCGAGGAGCAACGCCGCGCCGAACAAGCCGGGGCUACAAGAACCAGACCUACCCCUUGCCCCACUGGAAAUGACACAAUCAACGCUCGUGCUCGUGAACAGGGCUACUCGUUCGACAUUGGCGGUAUGCCUGGUUGGCUUGGGGAGUUGGAACGCAUGCAGAUCCAAGGCCUCCGAGAUGAGCGCGUUGCCGAAGAGAACGAGCGACGUCUGGCUGAGAGAAUGCGUGUAGUUCGCGAGCGUCGUGCUGCUGCCGUGGAAGACAUUCUCGAGCGUUCGGCCCAAAUCGAUCGCGAGGCUGAGGAGGAGUCUCAUCGCGCGAUGGCUGCCGCCGAGGAGCGUGAGAAGAAAGAGACAGAGGGGAGAGACGCGGCGCGCAAGGCAGCUGAUGAGGCAAAGAAAGCAGCCGACGAAGCGAAGAAGGCCGAGAAGAAGGCCAAGAUCGCGGCGAAGAGAGCCGAGAGAAAGGCCAAGAAGUGA